UUUAAGAAUAAAAAUAUUCAAUGAUGAACCGAGGUACGUGGAUUUUGAUACUGGCUGGGAUUUUUAUUUUUCAAACAAUUAGCAUUUGUACAGCCGCUGAGAAAAGUGAUGACGAAAAGGAAGUUCCAAAAGAUGAGGAAGAUAACGAAAUUGAUGUGCAGAUAGAAGAAGAAAAGGAUGAGAAAAAAGAGGAAGAUGGAGCAAAGAAGAAAGAUGGCGAAGAAAAGAAAGGAGACAAAGAAGACGAUGAAGAACUUCCAAAGACAAUUCGGAUUGGUGACAAAGACAUUCCAAUCGAAAGAGCUGAUCGCACUGUGACUGCUGAAGUUACCAUGGAAAUUAGUUUCGGAAGUGAAUCGAUGGGAAACGUUACUUUUGGACUUUUUGGAAGACAAUGUCCUAAAACCGUCAGAAAUUUUGUCACACUUGCAAAUCCAGUUCGACCUAAAGGAGAGGGAUACAAAGGAAGCAAAAUUCAUCGUAUCGUUAAAGGUUUCGCGGUCCAAGGUGGUGACUUCAUGAACAAUGACGGUAGUGGAGGAUGGAGUAUCUAUGGAAAAUACUUCCGCGAUGAAAAUUUCGCAAUCAAUCAUUUUCCUUUCUGCCUCUCUAUGGCUAACUCAGGGCCAAACACGAAUGGUUCUCAGUUUUUUGUUCCGGUGAUACGCACUUCAUGGUUAGAUGGCAAGCACGUCGUUUUUGGCCAAGUUACUUCCGGACAUAAAUUGAUCAAAUCCAUGAACGAUAUUCGAGUAAACAGAUUCGGACGACCGUAUCGACAAGUAUGGGUAUCAGAUACAUGGACCAAAUUUAUGAAAGUCGGUCCCGCUAAGUCGGAGUUGUAAAUUGACUCAAAAGUAUUAGAGCAGCCGUGUAGAAGAAUGAAAAAAACUGUCAUUUGAAGCAAUUUUGUUUGAAUACAAUCAAAACUAUUUUAGUUUGAACACAAUGAAGCAAGCAAUUAAAUUCUCUAAACCACGUAAAACUUGGUUUUAGAUGUAUUAGAAAUUUUUGUGUAUCAAAUUAU